CCAGCGGUGGGGGCCUUCGGGGGAGCCGCCUAGGCCUGGCCCAGGGUCCCGCAUGGUGUUGUCUGAAGCCUGUGAGAAAGCACUCUAAACGGUCCCAAUGCCGACCCAACCUGCCCUCUACUCAGCCCCCCAGGAAUCCAACCACAGCCCUGGCAGUUGGGACCUGCCAUGCCUAGGCCCGAACCCUAAACUUCGGUUGGGUUUUCAGGCUUCCAUCCUCCGAGGCCUGGCCCUCAAGCCCUCCAGAUUGGGGACCCCUGAGCCAUAACGCAGGACUCCGCCUUUACUGCCAACACUUGGCCUGCAGGGCCUUAGUUGUGGGGAGAGCCACGUAGCCAGGGCUCCCUAGCGGGGGCCUGGGUAUCUCCUCUGGACUUAGCUGGAUUUGUGACUCAGGGAGAGACCAUAUUGACUCCCAGGGGGAUCCCUCUGUUUGCCUUGCUGAGGGAGCAGCAGACACCACAGGACAGCCACUAAUGCCGCUAGCACUCACUGACUUCACUCUGUGCCUGGCUCUCUGCUGGGCUCAGGAUCCAGGCCAUCUAGGGAGACGCCUGCUGGAAGGCUCUUAGCCCUGCAGCUGCCUCUCUGGACAGAGGGAGGGGGAAGUGGCCAGAAGGGGAAGUGUGAGGAGUUCCCCUCCGGCCUGUCACCAGUCUCCUCAGGCCCUCGGAGAGGCAGUCCUGGGGCCUGGCAGCGGCCAUGGAGCCUCUGGAGACUCCCGUCAAGGACGGCAUCCUCUACCAGCAGCACAUCAAAUUCGGCAAGAAGUCCUGGCGGAAGGUAUGGGGUCUGCUGUAUGCAGGAAGCCCAUCAGGUGUGGCACGGCUGGAGAGCUGGGAGGUCCGGGAAGGUGGCCUGGGGCCAGCAGGGGACAGGCCUACAGGACCCAGCCGGCGUGGGGAACGGCGAGUCAUCCGCCUGGCAGACUGCGUGUCUGUGCUGCCGGCUGACGGUGAGAGCUGCCCCAAGGACACCAGCGCCUUCCUGCUCACCACCACAGAGCGAAGCCACCUACUGGCCGCACAGCAUCGCCAGGAAUGGAUGGGCCCCAUCUGCCAGCUGGCCUUUCAGGGCACAGGGGAGAGUUCCUCAGGCCCAGGGGAGGUGGAAGCUUCCAAGAGGGGCCUGGUCCUCAUGGAGGAGAAUUCCAUCUACUCCUCCUGGCAGGAAGCAGGCGAGUUUCCAGUGGUGGUGCAGAGGACCGAAGCUGCCACCCGCUGCCAGCUGAAAGGGCCCUACCUCCUAGUGCUAGGCCAAGACACCAUCCAGCUGAGGGAAGCCUCCAGCCCCCAGGCCCUCUACACCUGGCCCUACCGCUUCCUGCGCAAGUUCGGCUCUGACAAGGACGUGUUCUCCUUUGAAGCUGGACGCCGCUGUGACUCGGGCGAGGGUCUCUUCGCCUUCAGUAGCCCCCGAGCCCCUGACCUGUGCAGGGCAGUGGCCGCUGCCAUUGCCCGCCAGCGGGAACGGCUGCCAGAGCUGGCUGGACCCCGGCCCUGUCCCCUGCCUCGCGCCACCUCCCUGCCCUCACUGGACCCGCCAGGAGAGCUUCGGGAGAUGCCCCCAGGGCUGGAGCCGCCCAGCUCUUGGAGGGCACAACUAGCAGAUCCGGGCCCUCAGAGCCUGCCCCCACAGCUAAACCCGGUGCCCCACGAUGAGCCGGUGUCUGGGCUCUACGCAUCGGUAUGCAAGCGGGCCAGUGGACCCCCAGCCAACGCCGAGCACCUCUAUGAGAACCUGUGCAUGCUGGAGGCAGGCCCCGUGCUGCUCAGGGACGGGGACCCAGGGCAGGAGGGUUCCAGCCGCCGCAGCCCCCUGGCCAGCCCCAUCUACCACAACAGCGAGGACCUGGGCUGGCCAGGCCCCACCCAUGACAGCAGCCUGGAGGCGCAGUACCGGAGGCUGCUGGAACUGGAGCUGGGCGACAGUGAUGAAACUGCGAGCUCUGGCCGCCCCAGUGCUCCCACAGGCUUCAAGGCCAAGCUGGUAACGCUCCUGAGCCGUGAGCGGAAGAAGGGCCCGGCCCCCUGUGACCGGCCCUGAAAGUCCUGUGUGACUCUGGGACAGGAGAAGAGAAAGGUGUUCUGCUGUUCCCGGGCCAGGGCCAACAGUGGACAUCUGGGACACACCCCUGCAUCCACGCUGGCCCCGGGCGGGUAAGGCAGGCAGGCUGGGGGGGACCCCACCCACCACCCCCGACUGCCAUGUACAGUGUAGAGAUUUGCUGGUAAUAAAACCUCCCAGCUCUGCU